AUGGCUUCUUGGCGAAGCACUUCCCGGCUCAUGGGCAGCCUCGCCCUCAGUGUGUUGCUGGGGGGUCUCAUGAGCCAAGCGAAACCCUCCAUACCCAUGGACUAUUGCGCCAGCAUCAACACCGGAGGAUCAGCCAAUUUCAGCACCUGGCAGUCAGAUGGCCUCUGCAAUAAAUUCUGCCUCGACGAUAACUACGCUUUAGCCAUCGUCCAGGGACAGUACUGCUGGUGUUCCAACUAUGUCCCCGACAAGUCAAAGCAGGUCGGUGUCUCCAAGUGUGCCGCUCCGUGUCCUGGCUACACCGACGACGUCUGCGGCGGAGAUGGCACCUUCGGAUACAUGACGCUGGCCAACGCGCCCUCUGGCACAACGGGAGGUUCUACUCCUGGGAAGACGUCUUCUCCUCCGUCGGGCGAUUCAAAUACUACUCCCACGCCGUCCAUCCGAACGGUGACUCAAGGCGGAACCGUCAGCACCGUCACGGUGUUGCCUUCUACCCCCGCCGAUUCCGCGGGGGCCGGAGCCGGAGCACAGACGUCAACUGACAACAAGAAAGGGCUCAGCACCGGUGGGGCAGUAGGCAUCGCUGUCGGUUUGGUGGGAGCCGCUGCCGCCGGAAUUAUCAUUUUCGUCGUCUUCAGAAGGCGCAGGAGACAGCAUGACGACGACGAUGACCAGAUGGAUGGCCAUUCGCCGCGCGGGAGCUCGGCGGGCAUGACGCAGUCCUCGAAGGUUCCCGAGGUGGGCGUGACGCCUCCGUACCUGGGCAAGAUGGAAGGACCUUGGGAAAGCGACCAAUCUGGGCGGAGACGCAGCAUGCUGAUGCCGAUUGACCCGCGAAUCGAUCCUGGCCAUAGCGGUAUUUACAACCGCGCAGACAACAAGAGCCGCGACAGCAUCAACACACUGCGUGACGACCAGGAUUACUCGAGACGGGUGCACCAGCCGACCAAGGUGCUGAGGGCUACGAAUCCCGACCCGGAUGACGACGAUUGA